AUGCAUUACGCCAAGUACCUCACCGUUAUCGCGGUCCUCGCGACCAGCGUCAUCGCUGCACCAGCUGCGGAGCCAGAGGCCAACAAGGGCAAUGGCAAUGGCGGCGACAAAGGUGGCAAGGGUGGCAAGAAGGGCAACGGAGGAAACAAGCAGACCAACGGCUGCGGCCAGAACAACAGGGGCUUCUGCUGCGACACCGACUCCUUUGGAAAAUAUGUCACCUGCAAGCUCACAGAUUCCGACUGCAGCAACACUCAGACUCAGGUCUGCUGCAAUGCCAACAACAGCAUCCAAGUCUGCCUUGGCAACGUUCCGAUCAUCUUGUAA